AUGUCGCUUUUCUUUUUCCUUUCUUUCUUUCUUUCGUACAUUAUUUCUUUCUUUCUUUCUUCCUUCCUUUUUUCUUUCUUUCUUUCUUACAUUAUAACAUUUUUCUUCUUUUUCACCCUAUCUAACUUCAUAUAUGUCUCUUUUCUUUUUCCUUUCUUUCUUCCUUUCUUUCUUUCUUUCUUACAUUAUAACAGGUUUUCUUCUCCUUCGCUUGAUCUAACAACAUAUACGUCUCUUUUCUUUCUCUUUUCUUUCUCUUUUCUUUCCAAAAAAUGUGACACUUCCGCAUCACUUCUUUCUUAUUUCUUGCUCUCGUUCUUUCUCACUUUGUUUCUAUAUUUUUCUUUCUUUCUUUCUUUCUUUCUUUCUUUCUUUCUUUCUUUGUUGCUUUAUUUCUUUCUUUCGUUCAUUUGCAUUUUCUUUUUACUUUCUUUCACUUAUUUUAUUUUUUUCUUUCUGACAAUAAUCUUAGACUCAGAUUAUCCUUGUCCUUUUGCUUUUUCUCCUUUUUAUAUUUUUCUCUUUCUCUUCCCUUUUCUAUAUAUUUCUUUCUUUUUUUCUUUUAUUCCUCUUCUUUUCUUAUCUUCUUUUUUCCUUUCUUUCAUAAAUUUCCAAUUCUUUCUUUUGCUUUGCUCUUCUUUCUCUCAUCUUUUCUCUCUUCACACACACACACCUUAA